AUGUCACAAUUCGAUACACGUACUUCCGUUGCCGACCUAGUGGGGAACACCCCUAUGGUCGAGUUGACCAAACUGCCAAAGGCUCUAGGUAUUAAGCCACAAGUGUAUGCGAAGCUAGAACUUUACAAUCCCGGAGGAUCGAUAAAAGACCGUAUUGCCAAGUCGAUGAUAGAGUAUGCAGAAGCACAAGGAACUAUCCACCCAUCAAAGACUACUCUGAUUGAACCAACCUCUGGUAACACAGGUAUUGGUCUUGCUCUGAUGGGUGCUAUCAAGGGCUACAGAACAAUUAUCACGCUGCCUGAAAAGAUGUCCAACGAAAAGGUCUCCGUUUUGAAAGCCCUAGGCGCUGAAAUCAUUAGAACACCUACUGCUGCUGCAUGGGAUUCUCCUGAAUCGCACAUCGGUGUGGCAAAAAAGCUAGAGAAGGAAAUCCCAGGCGCUGUUAUUCUUGAUCAGUACAACAACAUGAGAAACCCCGACGCACACUACUACGGUACUGGUAAAGAGAUACACAAGCAACUUGAACAAUUAAAAAAGUUUGAUAAGCUUCAUGCAGUCGUAGCGGGUGCCGGUACAGGAGGUACUAUCAGUGGUAUUUCUAAGUAUUUGAAGGAGCAGGACACAGGCAUUCAAAUUGUUGGUGCCGAUCCAGUUGGUUCUAUCUUGGCUCAACCUGAAUCAUUGAACCAAACUGACAGCAACGAAUACAAGGUUGAAGGUAUUGGUUAUGAUUUUGUCCCAAAGGUCUUGGACAGAUCUCUUGUUGAUCACUGGAUCAAGACAGAGGACAAGUCUUCCUUCAAGUAUGCGCGUCAGCUUAUUUCCAAUGAGGGUGUCUUGAUUGGUGGCUCCAGUGGUAGUGCUUUCGCUGCCCUUGUUGAUUACUGUAACGAACACCCUGAACUUACUGAAAAGGAUGUGAUUGUUGUCGUUUUCCCUGAUUCCAUCAGAUCGUACUUGACAAAGUUUGUCGAUGAUGAGUGGUUGAAGAAGAACGGCUUGUGGGAUGAUGCCAUUGUUGCUCCUCUAAGCAAGAGUGAGAAGGACAUCUUUCACGGCGCUAUCGUUAGAGAUCUAAAAUUGAAGCCUGUUGUAUCUGUGAAGGAAAAUGCUCCUCUUUCCGAAGUUGUCAAAAUUCUAAGAGACAAUGGUUUCGACCAAUUGCCUGUUCUUUCUGAAGAUGGAAAACUGGUAGGCUUGGUGACAUUAUCACAGUUGUUAAAGAAGCUUUCCACUGGUGGCCAAGUCAAGUCAAUUGAGGGUCUCUUCUUUGAUUUCAGGAAACUGAACAACUUCAACGAAGUAUCUUCCUACAACGACAACAAGUCGGGCAAGAAGAGAUUUGCUAAAUUCUCCAUCGACACUAAGCUUUCAGACUUGAACCAAUUCUUUGAGAAGAAUUCGUCUGCCAUCAUUACCGAUGGCUUGACUCCUGUCCACAUCGUCACAAAAAUGGACUUGUUGGGCUAUCUAGCAUAA